UAUAUUUGAUGGUCUAAAAAACAUUUGACACGUCUGAGCUGAAGUUUGUUUGUGUUGUCUUGUGGACGUCCAACAGAUGAACGCUCGUCAAGAAGAACGUCCCCUUCAGCAGCAGGAGGAUCCACAGCCCCCCCACAUUAAAGAGGAAGAGGAGGAAGUGUGGAUCAGUCAGGAGGGAGAGUGUCCUGUAGGGCAGGAGGAGGCUGAUGUCAGCAAGUUUCCACUGACUGUUGUCUCUGUGAAGACUGAAGAGCAUGAAGACAAACCACCUGAGUCCUCACAGCUUCAUCACAGUCCAAACGUCUGUGGAGAACAACGUCUGCCUGAAAAAAAGGAGUAUAGCUUCAGGAUGGUGAAGGAGGAUCCUUCACAGACCCUUCCCUGUAAAAAGGAAGAGGAAGACUCACUGAUGCCCCACAUUAAAGAGGAAGAGGAGGAACACAGCAUCAGUCAGGUGGGAGAGCAUAUUGAAGGACUGGUGGAGUUCCCAGUGACUGGUGUCCCUGUGAAGAGUGAAGAUGAUGAGGUGAAAGGUGAAAGUGAGGAGAGGGGAGGGGGGGAGCCUCCAAGCAGCAGCUCAACACAACACAUGACAACAGAAGCUGAUGGAGACCACUGUGGAGGAUCACAAGCAGACAAGCUCUUAGCUCCACUAUCAGAUAGUGAGGACACAACGUCACACUCUCCUGACACUGAUGAUGAAGACUCUAAAGAUGAUAAGACAUGUCACACUGACAACACUCACUUCACAUCUUCUCACUCUCACAAAACUUUUAAAUACCAUAGUCAUCUGAAAGUACACAUGAGAACACACACUGGAGAAAAACCUUUUAUCUGUUCAGUCUGUGGUAAACGUUUUGUUCGAAGUCAUAAUGUGAAAGCGCACAUGAGAACACACACUGGCGAAAAAACGUUUCCUUGUUCAAUCUGUGGUAAAGGUUUUACACAAAGUCAAUAUUUGAAAGUACACAUGAGAACACACACUGGAGAAAAACAUUUUUCCUCUUUAACCUGUGGCAAAGGUUUUACACAAAGUCAAUAUUUGAAAGUACACAUCAGAACACACACUGGCAAAAAACCUUUUUCCUGUUCAAUCUGUAGUAAAGGUUUUGUACUAAGUAACAGUUUCAAAGUACACAUGAGAACACACACUGGUGAAAAAUCGCAUUCUUGUUCAAUCUGCAACAAAAGCUUUUGUGACCGAUCAAACCUUUUAGCACACAUGAGAAGACACCCAGGAGAGAAAGUGUUGAGUUGCAGUGUGUGUGGUGAAAGAUUGUCUUCUAAGUACCAGUGUAAGAAACACAAGUGUGCUGGUGAGAACAGCAGCAGCAAAUGAAACUGCAGGAUUUGAAAUAAACUGUCCAGACUUUCAUUUUGACUUUCUAACAGGAUAGGAUAGGAUAGGAUAAGAUAGGAAAGGAUAUGUCUUUAUUGUCAUUGCACAAGUACAACUAAACUUUGUUUUCAGCACAAACCUGCUCAAAAUUAGACAAACAAACAGUGUACAGGGUUACAGAACAAGAACGUUGAUGGGUCGCCAUUAGGCGCCCCUUAAAAGAUGGGAAAAAGGUAAACGCUGGGGAAGGAUGAGUAAAAAAAUACAAUUUAGACUGGGCUCCUAAGGGGGCCCAGUCUGGAGUGGAAAAAAACCUCCAUAGCAAAGCACAUAUGCAUAUCACAACAAACAUUUCGAGAUAUCUAGCAACAGAGAGAAGGUAGUUCAAGGUCAUGGUGGUAGGCCGCAGCUCUCAGGCGCUGACCAUCCAUUCAUCACCGUUGCGUCGAUGGCGUUGGGUUGGGGGGUGUGGGGGGUAUGUGUGGCGUAUAUUUUUUUGUGGAUGUAUGUGUGUGUGUGUGUGUGUGUGUGUGUGUAAGCCCGCAGUGUGUCUUUGUUCCGCGGCCUUGAUGAUUUGUACUGUCUUGUCCAAAGUCCAAAACAACAGGUGUGUGUCCAUGAGGGACAAAAAGGGAGUUUGUUGUGUGUUCGCUGCGCUGUCCUUUGGGAGAGUUUCGAAGCCAGGGAAACAAUCCAAGUUAGAAUGAUUUGUAUGCGAGUGAAAAUAAAAUUUGAUUUUCACUCUAAAUUGUCUAUGACUGGUCCUCAAAAUCUGCGGGGUAGACAGUCCGAUGUAAUCCACAGUUCUUCCCGCAUCCUCCAAUCAUUUGUGGCAGCUUUGGGGUACUUUGAAGACUGCCAGCAACUUCCAAUUUGUCGACAAACCAGAGCAACGCUUACUCCAAUUAGCAGAUGUCCUGUUGUCAUAAUUCCGAAUAGGUGGAUAUCUUCACGUCCUCGACAGAAAAGGGUCGCCAGGCACGCGGCCCUCCUUCUUCUCCCAAGAGUCAGUCGUGUGUCCAGCAACAACCGCUUCGUCACGACAGCAGGUUCCCCCAAACCCAAGAUCUUGUCAAUUUUGUUGAGGCCAGUUAAAUAGUUCCAAUGUUUAGAUUUGGAGAGCAGUGCAAAAAGAGGCAACAAGAAAGUUAAGACAAAACAAAGAAGCAAGCAGGAGAGAUAAGGGAGAGGA